AUGUGUGAUCCCCUAUCUAUAGCCACCGGGACCGCAUCGCUGCUGGCGGCUUCUCUCAAACUCUCACACGGCUUAAUCGUCCUGCGAUCCAGGUUCCAGAAGGUGCCCGAGACCGUAUCGGGGCUCUGUAAUGAACUGCAAUUAACCUCCAUCGGGCUCGAUGCCCUCACGAGCGCUUCCAGCAACGACCAAGCCAGACGGAACCUUCUUCAGUGUGUGGAAGCGACCACAGUUAGCAUGGCAAAGUCGUUCUCUGUCCUCGACACAGAAAUAGCAAAGUUGAACAAGGACGAUCCUGCCGAAUCACAAUCAGUCGCUUGGCGAUUGCGGUUCAUGUGGGUUGAAUCGGACCUGAACGGCCUCAUGGUUCAAGUGCGGGAUCAGAGAUCGUCACUCAGUUUCCUCAUGCAGGUAGUGCAAACAGCUAAGAUUCAUGAGAUCCAUCGACAGUUUCAGGGGGCCUCUCCCGGGCUGGCUGCGCUGCGUCGAACUGCGACGAUAGCGAAGGGCUCGAGCCGGCCUAUUAUUCGACCGGAUCCAAAGCCAAGUGCCGAGUCAUGUACGCCAGAACUCCAAAAGAUCUUGAAGCAGGACACCAAGUUUCCGGACUUCGAGGAUAUCAACCAGCCGGGGUCGGCCUCUAAGCCAUCUACGCCAAAUACCACGGGCAUGGGAGGAGAACAGAAGGCCAAACCCCCUCAUAAUGGCCAACCUCCAACCCCAGUACCGUCCCCAUCCUUUCCUGCCGUGCCAUACGCCCCCAGUGCCAAGGUCGAACCUACACUAGUGCAUCACGAACUACACUAUGCAGUGACUAACAACGAUAUCGGAAGGGUCCCUAGCCUCCUGGAUGGCGGUCAAAUUCCUCUAGGCCUGCCAUCGAAUCCGUACGGUACUUUACCAAACGCCAGUAAGACCUCCCUCUCUCUAGCGGCGUACCUGGGCCGGGACGAAAUCCUCCUCAUCUUCCUUCAAAGAGGCUUUGGCUGGGCAGUCAACGAGUGUAUCGGCAAGGACCUACCUCCAUUACUAGCCGCUGCGUAUGCCGGGCGAGAAAGCUCGGCGAGGAUACUCCUCUCCAAGGGGGGCGCGAACCCGAGGCUGCGGGGAUAUGGCAACAAUACAAGUUUGUUCUGGGCCUCGGCCCGAGGCCAUGAAAACAUGGUCAAUCUGCUCCUCCAGAGCGGAGCAGCGGACGACAUCAACUUUGCCAACGACAAGGGCCUCACACCCCUGAUGGUGGCUGCCCAGCACGGACAUCACGGCGUGGUGGAAGCUCUCCUUGCUCGAGGCGCCGACGUCCACGCCGUCAACAGCAAGCAGCAGUCGGCCAUCCACCUGGCCAGCCACUCCGGCCACCUCGACAUCGUCAGCAGUCUCCUGUCGCACGGCGCGGCCCUCAACUCGGCGACGGCCAACGGCAAGACGCCGCUGAUCUUCGCGGCGGCGGCCGGCUUUGCCGACGUGGCCGACCUGCUGGCCUCGUCGGGCGCUCUCAUCAACCUAGCGGACUCGGCCGGGUGCACGGCGCUGUACCACACGGCUCGGGGGGGCUACUCGGGGGCGGCCGAGGUCCUCCUGGACCGGUACGCGGCGACCGAGGCGACGACGCGGGCGGGCGACCGGGCGCUGCACGCGGCGUGCGAGUGCGGGCACGCGCGCGUCGUCGGGCUGCUGCUGGCGCACGGGGCGCGGUUGGACGCGGUGCGGGCAUCCGACGGCCUGUCGGCCCUCGACGUGGCGGCCUGGCACCGGCGGCGCAACGUGCUGGGGCCGCUGAUCCUGUUCCGCGCCAAGCAGAACCCCGUCGAGUUCUCAACCCGGGACGCCCUGUACGCGGCGGCCAAGUGGGGGCUCGGCGAGGUGGUGGAUGCGCUCGUAGAGGCCGGAGCGGACGUCGAUGAGGUGGAGGUGGAAGAGGACGGGGCCAGAGCGGGGUCCGCGGCAGGCGGUCAGAGCCUGCUGGCCCGGGCUAGUCGGGAGGGCAACGUGGAUGCUGCGAGGCUGCUGAUAGAGAAGGGAGCUGAUGUCAACCGUGUGGAUUGCUACGGCGCAUCGCCGCUGCACCGGGUCGCCAUGGCGGCGAACGUGCAGCUGGCGAGGUUGCUGGUCGAGGCGGGAGCGAAGCUGGAUUGUGUCGACAAGAGCGGGCGCACGGCGGCGCAAGUGGCUGACAUGUUUGGGAGCCAGGAGAUGAGGGACUUCUUUAGGAGUUGCUCUCCGGCAUAAUUAAAGGGGGACUCCGAUCUUUCGUUAUAUCCCGAUAUAAGCCGCUCCGAUCCCGGGAUCUAGUGUGGGGGUUUCACCAAGUUGCAUAUCCGUUGACCAACCGCGAGCUUGGCUGCAUAUCAAUUUGAUGGACCCGAACACACACAAGAAGCAGCAUCGGAUGAGGUCCAGCCAGCAAUAGGGGGCUAAGCGCAUCAUCCUAUCGUCACCGCUUUCCAAUCCGCCCGCGCUGGUACGUCGACAAGCGAAAGACUAACGAGAUUGGAGCGGGGAGAGCUAUAAAUUCGACCCCCCCCUCCCCGUUGGCAUCCUCUGUCUCUCCUUUCCUCUCGU